CUCGCGCUCCCGUUUUUCCUCUCUCCGGGGUGGACCAAUUGCUUCACUUGUACCAACGCGGAAAGCACACCAUUCGUCCUCGAUCACUCUACAAGUUUGUUGAGAGUGUUCUGGCGAUUUUGAGCAGGGGUGAUUCGGAAUCGGUGCCCCUCAUCAGAGGCACUUUGCGCAACUCACCAUCAUCACCACCGAGCAUACCAAACGCCGGAAAACUCAGAAACCUCACCGGCGUUCGAAUCUUGGUGUGCUAGAAUUGGAGAGUUCUCACGCCGUUUCUUCCGGCGCAAGGAUUACGCGCAGAGGUCUGACAGGGAAGGAAAUAGGGGGAAGGAAAGACAAACUAGCCAGCCAUGGCGGACGACGAGCAAUGGAGCGGCAUGGAGAACACGGUCGACGACCCGGAGGAGACGAGGGUCAUUUUCUGUGCCCUUGACUCGUUUCUCCAAUACGCAAAAGUGGCACACUUCAACGUAACCCACCUCCGCCGCCAAUCCUUCUACGCCCUGCCCCAGGCGCACUGGCAGAUGCUCGCCGCCCCGCCCUUCAACUUCCUCGACACCCUCGAGCGCACCGACGACGCCAUCGAGUCCAACGCCGAGCUCGCCCGCGCCAUCGCCCACAACGGCCUGCGCUCCUUCCACCUCGUAGACGAGAACUCGACAGAGGAGCCCAAACUUCCGGACAACUGGGUCGGCGUCGCAAAGCACGGCGACACCGACAAGGCACGCAGCACCCUCCGCCAGUUCUACCGCGACUGGUCUGCUGAAGGGGCCGAGGAGCGCAGCAUAUGCUACGGUCCCGUUCUUGAAGCCCUCGAUCGCGAGCGCAAGGCCCGACAGUUGUCUUCUGGUACGACAACAGGCGCCAGCGCCGCUGCUACUUCCGUGGAACCCCUAAAAGUCCUCGUUCCUGGCGCGGGACUAGGCCGCCUCGUCUUCGACCUCUGCCUCAACGGCCACGACGCAGAGGGCAACGAAAUCUCCUACCACCAGCUCCUCGCCUCCUCCUACAUCCUAAAUUGCACGAAAACCGCAGGCCAGCACAAAAUCUACCCCUGGGUCCACUCCUUCUCCAACCACCGCACGCGCGAGAACCACCUCCGGAGCUGCGCCGUGCCCGACAUCCACCCGGCGACGGAACUCGCGCGGGCUCAGCAGCGGUCUUCCGAAACAGGCGCGGGAAUAGGCAGCAUGUCAAUGUGCGCCGCAGACUUCCUCUGCCUCUACUCCGACGCCGAGCACGCCUCAGCCUACGACGCCGUAGCGACCGUCUUCUUCCUCGACACGGCGCCCAACCUCAUCCGCUACCUUGAGACGAUCCACCACGCCCUCCGCCCCGGCGGUCUCCUCAUCAAUUUCGGGCCCCUGUUGUGGCAUUUUGAGAAUAAUGCCCCCGGAAACCACGGGCGGGAUACCGACGGUGACGGCGACCAUGACGCGAGUAAUUCGUCGGGUAUCGCGGAUCCGGGUAGCUUCGAGUUGAGCGAUGACGAGGUCAUGGCGCUUGUGGAAAAGGUGGGAUUCGUGGUGGAGAGGAGGGAGACGGGGAUUGCGGCGCCGUAUAUCCAUGAUGGGGAGAGUAUGUUGCAUACCACGUACCGCGCGAGUUUCUGGGUGGCGCGGAAGCCGUUGUAGAAUCCUUUUGCUGUCUUGAACUCUCUCGAUCUUUUCAUUUAUUGGCUCUGUUACCAAUCUGUACAUAUUGACGGGAGGCAAGG